AUGGCAUUUGCAACAUUGGUAUUAAAAGAAAUGAUUAUCAAAUCAACUGCUUUUUUAAUUCUAAUACAUUUAGUGAUAAUAAAAACUACCCGUGGAUACUUAGGAUGUCCUCUUAGUUUAGUACCUUGUUUAAAUAAAACACAUUGCAUAAAUAUUGAGAAAGUUUGUGUUGGUAAUAAUAAGUGUGUUGAUGAGCAAGGAAAGAGUAUUUGUCAUUAUUGUCCAACACAUGAAUCUGAUUUAAUAGCUUGUGUAACUCAUAUUGAAUCUCACCUUUCGUUUGAUUGCUUAUCACCUCAUCAAAUAUGUGAUAAUAUAAAAGAUUGUCAUAAUAAUGAAGAUGAACAUUUAUGUGAUAUAAAAAAAUGUAAGUUUGGUUUUGUAUUUUGUGCAAAUGGUACAUGUAUUGAAAACAGUCGUAUUUGUGAUGGAAAAAAAGAUUGUCCAGACGGAAGUGAUGAAGGUGCUCAUUGUUCUAGUAUCUCAUGUGAACCGGAUAAAAUUCAUUGUCCAACAGGUGAAUGUAUUCAAAAAUCAAAGAUGUGUGAUGGUGCCCCAGAUUGUUCUGACGGAUAUGAUGAACAAAAUUGUACACAUUUAACAUCAACAGUACCAAAUUUGCGUUCAAUAUCAUCAAAUACAUUUACUUGUUCAUCAUCAUUAACACUUAUACAGCCAAUAACUAUAUCGAGUGAUCGUGUUUGUGAUGGAUAUAAAGAUUGUCCUAUGGGUGAUGAUGAACGAGAUUGUACAGAUGAAUGUACGUCAAAAUCUAUAUGUAUUACAAAUGUUAAUGUGACUUGUAUUCAACAUCGAGCAGUUGAUAAACUUUGUCGAUGUACGAAACAAGGCUAUCGAUUGACAAAAAAUUCAUUAAAAAAUAAUACGCAAAUAUGUCAAGAUUUUAAUGAAUGUAAUGAUUCUCUUCGUACAUAUUGUUCAUUUAAUUGUUUAAAUACAGAUGGCAGUUUUAACUGUACAUGCCCAUUGGGUUUUGCUAUUGAUGAAAACACAAAAAUAUGUCGAAAAAUAAAUAAUCAAUCAAAAGCUAACUUAUUAAUAUUAUUUGAUAAUAAUAUUAUUCUCUAUAAUAUUUUGAAUAAUACUGAUCAUUAUUUAUCAAAAUUAUUAAAUACAACUGAUCUUACAAAAACUCAUCAUUUUGAUCGUAUACAAUAUGAUUCAAAUGCAAAAUUUGUUAUCUAUUAUGAUCAAAUACAAAGUGCUAUUUUAUGUUUUAGUACAUUAACUACAAUUAUAAAACCUAUAGUCCUUAUUUCUAAUGUGAUUGUUCAAGAUUUGGCAUACAAUGAAAAUGAAAAAACUUUAUUUAUUAUUGAAAAUCAAUCACAAACAUUACGAAUGUAUACACCAAUUACUUGUGAUAUUCCAUUUCAUAUCAAAAUGCAUUCUUGGCAAUUGAAUAAUAUUUCAAAUUCAAUACAAUCAAUUGUAAUUGAUGUUUUUAAUAGACAAAUUAUUUUUUCUUCUCCUUAUCAAUUUAUGAAAUCAAAUAUGUCCCAACCAAAUUCAACGAAAGUUUUAUAUACAAGUGAUCGUGAAAUAAAAAGAUUUAUUUAUGAUGCUUCGUUCAAACGCAUAUUUUGGACAGUAACCGAUGUCAACAAUAGUAGUCAAUUCCCCGUUCAUACCUGCGAUAGUGAAUUUAAACAAUGUCAUGAUACAUCAAUACGUUUACCAUUUGCAUGGCCAUUUGCAUUUUUUAAUGAUGGUCUACUCUAUUCAUCCUCAUCCUUACAAUCUUUAGAUAUAAUUCAACUGUAUGGAAACGAUCGUUUUUCUAAUAAUUUUAUAACAUCAACACGAGAACAUAUUCGUUCAUUUCUACCUAUUGAUAAUCAACCGGUUGCAUCAGUGAAUCUCUGUGAAAAUUAUUCAAAAACACGUUGUGAAAAUAAACUUUGUUUACAAAUAAAUUCAACAGAAAUCAAUUGUUUAUCAAUUGAUGAAAAUAUCAUAACAAAACAAUUAAUAACAUCAACAACAAGUACUACGAGUUCGACUAUACAGAGUGAAACACAAUCAGUUACAUAUAAUGAUCAUAUUACUGAAGCAGCAGAUCAGCGAAAAAAUUAUCGAUAUAGACCACGGAAUACUAUACUUUUUUUAAUUAUUGCUUUCACUAUUUUAGCAGCCAUAUUGGCAAUUUUUGUUAAACGUUGUCAAGCUUCUCGUAAUCAAAGAGCAUUACCUAAUCAACAAAAUAAUAAUGAACAAAGUUUAUCAACAGAAGAUCCAAAUUUAGAUGAAUUUACUGUAACAUUUGAUGAUCGAAUAAUGGAACAAUCUGCUGAUAAUGCUGGGGACCGGCUGCCACUAACCGAUUACUUGCAUUAUUAA